AUUAACAAAUCACCAACACUUAUUGGACCAGUGGAGAGACUCAUCAACCUAUAAUGAGUUUUAAAGUAACAAAUGCCACUGAGUGACACCAGGAAAAGGCUUGUUUGGGCAUUUCAGCACUGGACAGCUCUUGUCUUGAGAUUUGUGGCAUGUGCGCGGGGGAAGUGACCAGCCUGUGGUGGGCAGGAGCAGAGAGCAUCCUCCACACGACUCCUACCGCCGAGACAUGAGCAUACCGGAGUUCCUACUGGAAGUGUCCAUUGUGGUGAUAGCUGUCGUCUCGCUGUUGACAAACCUGUCAGUGCUGCUAUGUUUCACCCAGAGCAGCGAGUUGAGAUCCCACGUGCCAGGCAUCUUCAUCCUCAACCUGUCAUUCUCCAACAUCCUCCUCACUGUCAUCAACAUGCCCGCCACUUUUCUCGCCGUGGCCAGGAGCGCGCAGCCCUUCGGGGACCUGUUCUGUCAGGCUGUGAGUUUUGCAGAGACUUUCCUCACCUCUAACGCGAUGCUGAGCAUGGCGGCGCUCAGCAUGGACAGGUGGGUGGCGGUGGUGUUCCCCCUCAGUUACUCCAGCAAGAUGCGCUACAGGGACGCGUUCCUGAUCGUGGCGUACUCCUGGAUGCACUCCCUGACCUUCUCCCUGACGCAGCUGCUCAUGGACUGGGGAGGGUACAGCAACACAUACGCCUCGUGCACGGUGCACCUGGACGAGGAGAAGAGGUCUCAGCUGGCGGCGUACGCCACCUUCACCGCUCUGUUCCACUGCAGCAGCUUCGCGCUCUGCCUCCUCGUCCUGUGCUUCGCCUACCUCAAAGUUUUGAGAGUGGCCAGGUCUCACUGUAAGAGGAUAGAUGUGAUUACGGUGCAGACUCUGCUUCUGCUGGUUGAUAUUCACCCCAGUGUGAAGGAGAGGUGUCUAGCUGAGCAGAAGAAGAGGAGGCAGCGUGCAACUAAGAAAAUCUGCGUCUUCAUCGGCACCUUCAUCCUCUGCUUUUCACCAUAUGUUAUAACGAGGCUGGUGGAGUUGUUGCCCUCUGUGCACAUCCCCCGCUACUGGGGCAUGACCGCCAGAUGUCUGUCUUAUGCCAAGACCUCCAGCGACCCGUUUGUCUACUGCCUGCUGAGGCAUCAGUACAGGAAGGUCCUCGUUAGUAUCAUAGGCCGGUUUAUGCGAAAGGACCGCUACUCGCUGUCUGUCCACAGCGUGAGCAGCACGCUGGACACCAUAGACGACAGCUGCAUCGCCAGAGUCACCUGAGCUUCAUGUGCAAAUCUUUAAACGAUUCAACACUUGCAACCCUUCUGAAGAAGGGUCAAAGGUCAGGGUCUCUGAAGAGCAGCAGCCCUGCAGAUGGAAGAGAGUCACUGCCUUGCUCAAGGACACUUUGACACAGCGGUGGACCACAGGGAGUGUCCACUGGGAGAAUUGUGAAGGACACAAAACAGUGUUUUCUCACUGAGAGCGUACUGGCCUCUGAUGUGUGCCGAAGGCCUCUUGAGCCUCUACACACUGUCGUUUCCAAAGGGCUUGUCAGUUUGCCUGCUGAGGCAUCGCCAAGAACACACCGCACGACGCCCACAACACUAUGUUUAUUACUAUCAUCAGUGUAAAUGUACGGUUAAAGAAACCUUGAAUUUGUUCGAAAGUGUACUUCAUGUUUCAGUGAAAGAGCUGGAAAAAUGUUCAUUCUCAUGACUGUUAUGACGCUAAAGUUAAAGUUUGUGUUUAUGAGUGCCAUUUUAUUAUGUAGAGUGUAAAAAAUAGGUGUGAGGAUGUGUGACGAUGUUACAGCACAACACAGAUUAAAUAAUAAACUGCACUGCCACAGAAACACUAUGACUCAGUCACUAUAUACAUACGAAUGAAGGAAAAGCCAUUAGAUUCUGGUCAAACUGUGCUGCUGUGGGUAAGGUAAUUAUAGUGGUGUUGUGAGAGUGGUUCACAUGAGC